AUGGCUUGUUGUUUGCAUGCUGAGUGGUGUAGUUUGGCGGAAGAAGAAACGAGAAGGAACCAACUGAUGAGGGACAUGGCCCAACUCAGGCUACAGACUGAAGUUCAACAGCUGGAGGGCAGCAUUCAACCAAGUGAGGGCAGUCUUUCCCCCUAUCUAGUCCCUGAUGCAGACACGCUCAUAAAUCACCUGGGCCUCAUUAAGCAGCUGGCGUCAAGUGCACGUUUCAUCAUUGUCAUUCCGAAAGCAGUGAUUGAUACUCUAGAUUCAAGCAAGAAGACACAGCAGGGGGCCCGAGACACCAUCAAGUACCUCGAGAGAGAGUUUCAUAGAGGAAACAGGUACUUGAGAGCUCAAAAAGAAAAUGAGGUUGUCAAGUCAGUAAAGAGGAAGAAAACAAAGAAUGAAGAUAAGCGAAUCUGGUCUUUCUAUGGUAUCUUGGACUGUUGCCGAUACUUUUCUCGUCAGAGUUCCGAGUACGACUCGAGCGGAAUGGUUACAAUACUCACCAGUUACAUGAUUGACGAGACGCUGCCAGAGGUCUUGAAAUCCGUCAUUCAAAACACACGAUCAGAAGGAAUCAACGUCGAGAAUGUGACUGUGUUCCACGCUAAAUGGAAAACACAGGGAUGACCAACACAAUAAGGUUGAUUGUUGUGAAUGUCGUCUUCAUUUACCGCACUGUCAACAUUACAUCACAUAUACCAUGGGUACCCAGCAGGUGGACGAAGAGGAUGUAGAGCGAUUAACGUCCCAGAGGCUCCCCACGGAUGUGAGUCGGUUUCCUACGUAUAUCGCUGAUCACCGCAAAUUGUUCAAAAGCUGAACUGUCUUCAACAGCCGUCGCAUAUGCAUUCAUUCACUCACACUGGGCCUUUGAUGGUGAUGUACCUUGACCUAACUUCUGAUUCUCAAAGACAGCCUAGCUAUGUUUACUCACUCAAAAUAGAGGACAAGUAUCUGAAGGUCGCAUUAGUGACACUAUUAAACAUUACUCUAUGAUUAACUUUUGCAAACCUAUGUAGUUUAAUUUCAACAUGAUCUUGAUGCUAUUCAAAGGAAAACAAAAAGUGAGUAAUGAGAAUUGGCAGUUAAUCAGAAAGUUAAGACAACACCUGAUUUUGUUGGGGAAAUGAAUGUUGUCGUUUACAACCACAGUGGACCUACCGAACAUGAAAACUAUAUUGGAAUUUACUUGAAGAGUUUUGCGUAUGUCGUUCACAUUCACUUACUGUGAAUACAAAAUAAAAAUUUCUAUUUCUGAAUAUGUGAAAUCGGAUACAAAUAACUUCAUCUCUCUAGUAGUUCUUGCAAUACUACACAUUAGAAUUUGAAUUUUUCCAAGUAAAAAAAUAAAUUGUUCAUGUAUGCCUACUUUAUUUCCUGCUGCUGGCCAAUGUUAGAAAAUUAAAGUUUCAAAUUUAUUUUUUUAUUUUUCCAUCAUUGUAAUCAUUCUUACAAAAAUCUUAAGGUGCACAGUGCUCUCUAAGGGUCACUUCCUGUCUGAGCUACCUGGUAAAACCAGUGCCAGCUACUCUCGUCUGUCCACCACAGAGACUCGAUCAUGACAUCGGGCAUGUAUUCCCCUACACAUUUUGAAAAGUACUUGGUUCUGUAUAGUAAUGCACAUGAGCCAAUUUUGUACUGGGCCUAUGGUUCUAGAAGAUUAAUUUCACUACCAUAAAAAUCAAGACUAGCCUGUCGCUCGAACCAGCAUCAAUAUCUCCAUAUAUAACUCCAUGGGUGGAGGGCUUUUUUUUUAUCUUGCCAUACUAAUAAUCUAAUUAUACGAUAAUAUUGUAGUCAGGCUAUAUAAAAAUGCCUCACUCUAUCUUAGCCUUGUUCUAAUUAAAUGUCGCCCUCUGUUGUCAGCAAUUUCUAAUAACACACUUGAGUGCACUGCAGUUCAUCUGUUUGUCAAUACUGCUUGUUAUUUGUAUCUCAGAGGUGUUUGCUUUCCUUUGCAUACAUAAUUUACAAUGUCAAUUAUGCUAAAAGGUCCAUCUACAAGAAGGUCAUUAUUAUUUCAAUACAGCAAACAAAAUGGUGUGAUUCUUCAGGUUUAUGAAGUAACCAAUUAAAAAAACGGUAGAACAUUAUUGACAUGUUGUUCAUGGAGAAAAUUUAUUGUAAUUUUACAUGGUGAAACAACUCUCUCCUUAAAAACAUUUUGCUUUGAUUAUUUAUUUCAUUUUUUUAUUUUGUUUAUUCUAUUUAUUUUAAUAUUUAUUAUAUUUAUCAAAUUUAUUCUAUAUAUAAUUUAUUUUGUUUUUAAUUCCAUGUGUCGUUUAUUCUAUUUUACUUUAUAUGUAUUUUUCGCCCUUUGUACUUUCAACCAGUGGUUGCUAACAGGCACUGUAGAGGCACAGAAAGCCUUCCAAAUUUAAAAAAGAAAAAUUUUAAUUAUCCGUUUUCUACAAUUUUUAUUUUAAUGAUUCUCAUUGUAAUUAAUUCUUUAUAAUAUAAAUUACCAAGCCUAGAUUCAUGUGUUUUUUGCAUCACCAAAAUAAAAACC